CCUACAUGCCCUGGUCUCACAAUGCUCAUGAUGAUCCCUAUGAACUUAUCAAAUGUGUCCAGAGCAGCAUUAAAAGCAGGAAACCAACUGAUAAUACUGAUUAUGAUGGGGAGACUGAUCUACACGGUCUAGUGUCAAAUAUUGUGGAUGAAGUGGAUUCACAGGACAGCUACUACACUGAAGGAAGCCUGCCUACAUGCAAUCCCAUCUGGUCUCCAAAUACAUUGAGAGAAGAACUGCUACAGCAUUUUCAAUCAGAGGCUAAAACACAACAUAACCCUACCUUUGCUCUGAACUAUUCAUCUCGUGGGGCUUUCAGCAAAGCACAGGGACAGUCAAUGGACAAAGAUGUUGAAGCAUUUUGUCAGCAGUCCAAUGGCUUUGCUACCAAUCAACAAUGGCUUUUUAAUUUGCCAAAUGGAGACAGGGACAGCUACACCUUCCAUCCUCAGAAACCGCCCCCAGGUCUUCCAGUGCCCAGCACCGAAAACAUGUACCUGUCACAGAUACAACAAAGCAAAUAUGAGAACAUGUCAGCCGAUAAAGACAGAAGAAAUAGUCAGCCUGUGAAUAAUUUUCCUGACCUCAGCGAAUUGAACAGCCCCUCCUUUGAUCCUUACGAUGAAGACCACUACAUCCAGAACAGUGCCAAGUCCAUUAGUAGUGAACAGUAUGUGCCACAAGACAUUAAUCAACUGGUCAGCAGUUUUCAGUCGUUCAUGGCUGGUGAGCAUGAUGGCUUUUGUUGCAGAGACUUUCCCAACAUGCACAAGCAGACAUUUGGCAUGCUCAGUGAAGACAGCAUGGUUGAACAAUGGAAACUCACCAGUCCUGCAGUAUCAACACAAAGUACUCCUGCAAUGCAGACCCAAAAACAGCUGGUGGGAGAAUUUGGGAUAGGGCAGAGGGAAAGAAAUGGAGGACUGAGGAAACAAAUGUUUAAAUGUGAUGGCUAUCAAGAUCUACCUGUUUCCAGCUCUCAAAACACAGAGUUCUUCCAUCAACCAGAGCCAUUCUCUGCAUCUGUAAACCUCCCAAACCAAUACCAAAACAAGAUGACCAUGCACAGAGAGAACAUUAACAUGAGCAUAAACCAGUAUUCAAAGCAUCACACCCAGCAGGGCCAGAUUCAGAACAAGAUCAAGCCACAGAUGCAGAAAGAAAAGAGGAUGGUGCAAGUGUCUGGCUUUCUGGGAGAAGGCUUCUCUACAAGACCCCUAACCAACAUUCACAUGAGAAAGGGAGAUAAGAAGCAGGCUUUCUCGCAAAACCCAUACUUUGACUUUCAGGGGGGCAUGCAGUCUCAGAGAUUUGAUGGAGAAAACAGGGUGGUCAGUGCAGGAAAUACACAGCAGGGCAUGCCUCUCUUGUAUCCUGUAAGUGACUUCAGAGGUCACUCCAGCGUUUCCAUCAACUCUGACUUCAGCUCUAGAUCUACACUUCCCUAUGGACGUGGUGUCCCUGGCAUGGAUGUAUGUGAUAUGUCAGUCAAUGACUCUGCAGCUUUUAACGCCCAUGUCAGUGACAUGAUGACCCACAGAGGAGAGAGCACUUAUCAUGGCAUGGCCUCAGCCAUGACAACUUCAAUGGUGAUGAAUCAAGGAGGACCUGUGGUCCAGCUGUACUUCUACUUGGAUGAGUGCUAUGAGCAGUGGAGGUGUUUGGAGAAAGAGAGAAAGGGGACAGAGCUUAUCCUUAGCAAAACAUUUCUUGGGAAAUGGACUGCAGCAGUGACCAACACUACCCUUCCCAAAACUCCACCCAACCCCACAAGAGUUGACCACCUCAUUGUUCAGCAGAUCAGAGAACAAGCAAAGGUGGCAAGUCUUCUGGAUAGCAUGGAGUGUCGGCAUAACAUUCCCCUCAGUAUCAACAUCCGCACAGCACUGAACAGGCAUCAUAUGGCGAUUUGCAUCACCCAGGCAAGACGCAAGGAGGAGAUUGCCAAAGUGUCCAAACACCAGCGGCAGAGAGCUCAUUUCACAGAGGACAGAGACAUCCUGUUGUUGAUCAUUGCACUGAAAGACCUGGCUGCUGCCACGAGGAAGCUCCGCACAGCCCUGUGGUGUGCUCUUCAGAUGACACUGCCGAAAGCUGUCAAAAGGCAGGACCACAAUGUUGACAAGGAGGCCACACGUAGGGAGGGGUGCUCCUCUCCAGUGGAGGGAUACUCUUUUAAGUUAUGA